GCUAAGUCCGUUCCCUUGCCUUGUUGGAGAAUAUAGCAAUAUGUUGCACUUGUUUCACUGUUGUGCAUGGCUCAAAACUUUGAUAACCUGGUCUCGUCCCUCGAUGAACCCCUCAGCUAACUGCGACCAUUUUCAGCGACUUUCACCCAUCCGUUCAGCUCAUGUUCUUGCGAACUAGAGAGCAUUUCGACGUCUGGAAUGGACCAUAAAUUGCCGUAGACAUCCACCACACUUCACGACCUGUCUCCCUUUUUCCUUCGGGUAGAUUAGUUUCAACCAAAAUACACACACAAUCAUCACCAGCACACAAAGCUGCAUCACUUGUUCCAACCCCUAUCAAUAUGGCAACCAUGACCACCUUACCCAGCGGAGGAAGCACCCUCAAUAUCAAGUCCCGUAUCGGCAUGCCUGAGUUCUUCGGCACCAGUGAAGCCAGCAACAUCUACUCGAGUGCGGAGCACCUGACGGGCCCCGUAGCCACACCGCUCCUCGAGCACGCGGGUCUGAACCAGGAUAUCAAAACGCCCAUCGAAGUUUUGGACCUGGCAUGCGGCACGGGUGUGGUCUCAGCCCACCUGCAUCAGAUCCUCAAAGAACACAACACGCAGGAGCUGGUGAAGCUGACGUGCGCCGACCUGUCCGAUUCUCAGAUUGCGCAUGUGCGCCGCCGUAUGCAGGAGAAUGGGUGGCCCAAUACCGAGGCGGUGGUUGUGGAUGCUUCUCAAUCGAGCCUCCCGUCUGACAACUACGACGUGGUUAUAAUUGGUAUGGCGCUCAUGCUCAUUCCUGAUUCACGAGGGGCCGUCAAAGAGUGUUACCGCAUGCUCAAACCCAACGGCUGCUUCGCUGUCUCACUCUGGCACAUCGAAGGCUGGAUAUACGAUGUUCGGGACGCACUCUCCAACCUGCCCGGCUCUCCUCCGUGGCCCCAAGACUCCGACGAGCUCAUUUCGGCAUGGGCAAUGGGACCCUGGCACAACGUCCGCUUCGUCAAGGCGACCUUCCAAGCCGCAGGGUUCUUCUGCUACAUCUUCCGGGCCUUCAUGCGCUGCGUCACUGACGACUACUGGACCCCCGAGCAGCGGGCACAGUGCAUGCCCCUGAUCGAGCCGGCAUUGAAGGAUUUCUUCAAUAAGAAGUAUGGGCUUGGGCAGCCGUUUACGGUGGAGAGGACUGCCAUCAUGGCGUCUGGACGGAAGCCAGCGAAGUGAGAUGAAAUGCGCGGAAAUUAGCAGCUUGAUGUUUGCUCGUGUUACUGAGUUUGGUCCUCUUCAUCUCAGUUUCCGUAUCGUGUCACAAAAUGGUCCCAGGCUCGCGUAGGCUUAUCCGUGCCCUCAGCUUGGUGUCGAGCGGACGGUCGUCCGAGGAUUGGUGUCUUCAGUCGCCUGCGGGAAGUUUACAGCCAGUAGAAAAUGGAAAGCAGGACAGUUCGUCAACAACGCUCAGCAAGAUAUUGUGAAUUAGGAUUGCCC